AUGGCUACAUGCGACGACGCGUCCCCUUCCUCACAACACGACACGACACGUCCCCGCCCUGGCCGCAUCACCUCCUACUUCACCCCCUCAGCUCCCUUGACGCGUCACGACACUGAAGAGUUCUCCGAUGGCACAACGCUAGCCGCUUCCUCAUCUCAAUCCUCUGCUCCAGGCACCGCGUGUUUCAGCCCGUCGCCCACCCCAACCUCUGAUGACGUGCCACCACAGAAAAAGUUCAAGAUCACAGCGUCGAAUGGGUGGCAGGUGAAGUUGAAGGAUGUAUCCAGGAAGAGAAUGAAGAGGGAGCCGACGUUGGAGAGUGAUGACUUCGCCUCGGGCAACGAGACUGACUCGCGUUUCUACGCGCUGGGGUCGCUGAAAAGGCAGGGUUCACGCGCCAAGUUGGCGAUGCUGCCUUCGCUGCCGCUAGAUAUCCUAUUUGAGAUCUUCGGGUGUCUUCGGCCUCUAGACCUGCUCCACCUCGCUCGAACCACGAAGAGCAUUCGCGCCUUGCUCCUGCACCGAUCUGCAACUUCGGUUUGGAAACGGGCAUUUAGUGGCGAUUCGUCCCUACCGCCCUGCCCAGACGACGUGUCGCUGCCUUCCUGGGCAAGUUUGGCAUUUGACAAGUUCUGCCAGAACUGUUUGGCACCACAAAUCCGGAACGUCGACUUUAUCCUGCGGGUUCGGUAUUGUAGUCGAUGUGCCAAAACCAAACUUUUCUCCUCGCAGCUCUUGAAGAAGGACAAGAAACUCCAUGUCAUAAUCCUCCAAGCGGUGCCCUUUAGCUAUUGGAGUGGUCGCAACUAUAAAUCAUGCACCGUAGACGAUAAAGAAUCUUUCGUCGAGCUUUUGGAUUCUCAUCAGGGUGAUCGUUCAGCAUUCGUAGAGGAGCGCAAAGCUUGGGUCAAGAAGCGUACUGAGCACGGAAAACUAUGGAAGAAGUGGCUGGAAGAUAUUCUCGAAGACCGCGAAGCGGAGAUCGACGAGCUAAGGAAUGGUCGGAACCAAAAGAUUCGCCAGCUCGUCAGAGAAUUGGGUUUCUCCGAAGAGCUUACGUUCCUCGAUAGGCUGGGCUGCGACUCGUGUGCCAUUCAACCCUUCCCGACUCUCGUGGCCUUCAACGACCAUACGGACGUCAAAGCGCCCAAGGCUCUUACCGACAAGAUGUGGUCCAACAUGAAAGACGACAUGAUCGACUACAUGGAGAUGGCGCGGCGUCUCCGGCUGCAAGAAGCCCGCGUCCUGCUCGAGCGCAGACGCCGACUGGCGAUCUACACCGCCUAUGUCGUGUACCGCCGCCAGCCCGAGACCAUGCUCAAGUACCCCUCGAGCACGUUCCUCCCUGGGCCCGUCGACUUCAUCGAGUGGUACCGAUGCCAGCGGCUCAUCAAGCGAACGAACGACAACCCGCUCUCCGAAGAGGAUCUCGACGACAUCUUCAAAGGUUUCGACGGCUUCGUCAGCUCCUGGCGGAAGGACAAAAUCCACGAGCUGUGGUACACCACCCUCGACCUCGACGCCUCCCUGCCCCUCCGCUCGCCUCUCCGCUGGUCGCCCACCACCAAUCCGACACCCCCGCCCAGCUCCGGACCCUCAACCUCGCAGCUGUCGUAUUUCGGUGCACCGCGUCAGUGCACUGGCGGUACCAUGACCGGUGGCAGGUCGACGAGGGCGUCCUCGCCGCGGGCACGGCUUACACUGAUGCACCGCCGAUGCGCGAGCCCAUCCUGUGGUUCCACGAGCUCGCGCACCAUCCCUGUACACCACACCUUGAAAGCCCACUUCGGCGACUCUCGCGUCACCUGGGAACGCGUUUCCCCCUCCGACGCCGCCAAGGCUCGCGAGCUGGAGGCGGUAGAAGCUACGAAACGCGGGUACCUCACACCAGACAAGCGGAAGUUGUGGAAGUGCAUUCGGUGCAGAGAUACGACGCAUGACAGGGGAAGGAUGACUUGGGAGGAGCUGAAGACACAUUUUACGCAUAAUCCGAAACAUGGCAACCCCGACGAAAUGGAGGGCAAAGAUGAGGUUACCUACUACUCUGCCCUCGAUUACUCGGAGAGAGAACGGCCGCCGGUGAAGAUGGUUCCUGCGAAAGUGGAGAGCUGA